UCAUUACAUAUCCUUCCUCAGAAAAAGGUCCAUCGAUCGCAUUUCCUAAGAUCGCCAAGUCUCCCUUCUGACACACACACCGUACCACGUCGUACUCCAGGGUUGCUCGUAGGGCUAAAGAAUGAGACACCCACCCAAUGAGAGACACAGGGGGGAAAGAGGUGUGUGAGAGCGAGAGCGAUCCACCAUCUUGGGAUGCUGUCACACCCAAGGGAAAAUCAAUGUGUACUAUGCUGUGUCACUUACUAAUUUCUUUUUUUUUUCUUUUUGCGGUAUGGUGUUGUUACAAAGACAUGCUGUAUGUACAUGACCCUGGAAGUGGCACUGACCACGAAAGUGCCAUGCGGGGGAAGGAUCGGGAACCCCAAAUCCAGGGUGGCACAGAUGCAUGGCCUGUACGCCAUUCCCCAACUAGACACAGAGGUGGCUUCACAAGCCUUGGGAAGUGGGAGGAGACGAAGCUCCGUGCUUUUAUUGCAUACACAUAUGUAUUUGUGCUUGUGCCUGUACACUAUGCACAUGUACAACGGUCCAAAACUAUGCUGCGAAACAUGUUAGCAUAUGGAACACAUACGACUGACGAUUUAAGCGUCUGCUGUCACGGCAGUGAUCAAAUGCAUUAGCCAAGGGAGAAGCAACGAUUGGUGCACAUCAGGGAAAAGGGAGUCAAGGACCGAAGUUUAAAAGAUAAAAGAGCCGUUGGGGGUUGGGCAGAUAGUAACGGAUCAGGGACCACCACUUAUUCUGACUUGCAUAAGCUUUUCUUGGGUCUCCUGUCAGUGUGUCAG